CAAACUCGGCUCUGGUCAGCUGACUGUGAGUGAGAUGUUGCGCUGAAGCACCUUGGAGUGAAAAAGCUGUUAUUAUCCACGCUAUGUAUGGGAAGCUGCGACGGGUUUACUGAACUACACCGUGUGGAUCAAACACUGAAGCCAGCAAACACACCGUGACUUCCUUACAUCAAAGGCCCGGUGGAUGAACCUUUUACCAGCUGCCAUGACAGAAUUCUGGUUGAUCUCGGCUCCGGGGGAGAAGACGUGCCAGCAGACCUGGGACAAGCUGAUGGUGGCCACCACACGCACCAAUAACCUCUCAGUCAACAACAAGUUCAACAUCCCUGAUCUCAAGGUCGGAACACUAGAUGUCUUAGUGGGUCUGUCAGAUGAACUGGCCAAACUAGACACUUUUGUGGAAAGUGUGGUGAAGAAGGUUGCUCAGUACAUGGCCGAUGUUCUGGAGGACAGUCGAGACAAAGUCCAGGAGAACCUGCUGGCUAAUGGAGUUGACCUGGUCACUUACAUCACCAGAUUCCAGUGGGACAUGGCGAAGUAUCCCAUCAAACAGUCGCUGAAAAACAUCUCUGAGAUCAUCUCCAAGCAAGCGACUCAGAUAGACAAUGACCUGAAGGCCAGAGCUUCAGCCUACAACAACCUGAAGGGAAACCUGCAAAAUCUGGAGAGGAAGAAUGCGGGGAGCUUGUUGACCAGGAGUUUGGCUGACAUAGUGAAGAAAGAGGAUUUUGUCCUGGACUCAGAGUACCUGAUUACCAUGCUGGUGGUUGUCCCAAAGACGAGCUACCCUGACUGGCAGAAGACGUAUGAAACCCUGGCAGAAAUGGUUGUGCCACGCUCCACAAAGCUGCUCUUUGAAGACAACGACAGUGGCCUGUUCAGUGUCACUCUCUUCAGGAAGGCUAUCGAUGACUUCAAGCACAAGGCCAGAGAAAACAAGUUUACAGUGCGUGAUUUCCAGUACAAUGAGGAGGAGAUGAAGGCAGACAAAGAAGAGAUGACACGUUUGUCCACUGACAAGAAGAAACAGUUUGGGCCUUUGGUACGAUGGCUGAAAGUGAAUUUCAGUGAAGCCUUCAUCGCCUGGAUUCACAUAAAAGCCCUGCGUGUGUUUGUGGAGUCAGUGCUCAGAUACGGGCUGCCGGUGAACUUCCAGGCCAUGCUGCUCCAGCCUAACAAGAAGAACAUGAAGAAGCUGAGAGAGGUGCUGUAUGACCUGUACAAACACCUGGACAGCAGUGCUGCCAUCAUUGAUGCCUCUAUGGACAUCCCAGGGCUGAACCUGAGCCAGCAGGAGUACUACCCCUACGUUUACUACAAGAUCGACUGCAACCUGCUGGACUUUAAAGUCUAGAUACAUGGCCAUCAUCCUCUCUGUGCAGUGGUAUUCUGAUGUGACAUGAUCACAUCCCUGAGCUUUAAUUUAUUUCCAACAUGUUUUUCCUGUUUGUUUGUUUUUUUCACCUUUUGUGCUCUCAUCCUCUUUUCCUCUCUCAUGCCUCUGGAACAUUCCUGGGUCCAUACUAAAUAAGUUGUUGGAACUUCUGUUCUGAUAUGCUCGGGCCGUCUUCUUUAUUGUCUGUUCCUCUUUGUACCGCACUGUAAAAGUGAAUUGCUCCCCAGUUUACACCCAACAAAAUGGUUGACAUUCCCCAUCAAAAUGACAACAUGUAAAAUGCUGCAUUUUUAUUGUUGUUUUUCUUUUCCAGGCUCCCUUCUUUACUCAAGCAACAAAACGGUACACGUGGGGAAAACGGAGAGGAAAAUAAAUGUAUGUUAAAUAUAGUAUUUAUUUAAAGCCUCUAAACUCAGUGAAAAAUGUUUUUGUUUGUUCAGUUUUUGAAAGUGAUGUGUUUUUAGCUUCAUGUAAGGAAUGUCUGUUUACAAGUAGAUGUUGACCAUCGUCCCCCUCCCACUAAAGAUAUAAUCCUGUGAACCACUGAGACGGAUCAUUUUAAAGAAGCAAUAUGUUUGAUGAUUGUAUGCUCCUAUGAUUUCUGUAUAUUAAGCAGUUUGAGAAGGAUAAUGAUAGGUCUAUGUGCAAAUACUGUAUUGUCAGUAUAACUGAAAAUUAUUCCACAUAUUUAAGAUAAAUGUGAAAAAUAAAUACUCUAUGUGAAAUA